UAUAAACCCUCGCCGACGUCCUUCCCCACUCCCGGUUUCGCACAAACCCAUCGCCAUCCUGAUGGAAAGCCCGCGAUACAGUCGCUGUUAGAGCUAGCUUUGAAGGCAGCUACGGGCUCGGGGCGUACAAAGACCUCCGAAACUUCCAUCCUUCUUCUCCUUCUGCUCCCUUUGUACCAAAAACCAUUGGGAAGGUAACCCUUCAGCUUCUCUAAAUCCUGGUAGAUCCGUCUCCCAAUGGGAUACACUAAAUCCAGGAUUUAAGUCAAAACGGAGGAAAAACAUGCUUUAAGAAGCUGUGGGAUUUUGUUCAAAUACUGACACCAAACAACCCUAGUUUUAGGUUAAAUCCUGCUACUGAACAGCCCCUUUAUUGAAGAGGACGGGAGAAGGAUGACAGCGGGGGUGGCGGAGUUCGUUAGCGGCAUGGAUGACUGUCGGCUGAAGCCACAGAUGCUCCGUUCUGUGGUGCGUGAUGGCCUCCCCGACGAGAAACGACCAUUCCCUAGAACAGCAGAGCUCGCAGCUGUGCUCUCUCGAGUGCGAACGCAUGGACUCCUCUCGGAGAGCUACUCGGACACCGCGGGACGUAAGCUGAUUGAGGCGUGGAGGUCUGCCGUCGACACCUGGGUCGAGCGUAUUGUUUCUCUCGCUUCAAGCAGCGCGCCUGACAGAUGUUGGGCGGGAAGUUGUUUGCUUGGGGUGACAUGCGAAGAAUGCUGCUCCGAUCGUUUCCAGUCAUCGUACACUAUUUGGUUUCAGAAACUGCUGGAGAACUUUCAGUCUCCAUCUGCCACCCAUAUUAUCAAAGUUGCCUGCUGUGCUUCAUUGGCUGAUCUUUUUACAAGGUUGGCUUCCUUUCCAAAUCUUAAAAAAGAUGGAACAUUGUUUGCUAGAAAAGUUAUCCAGCCAGUUCUGCAGAUGUUAAAUGAGGAUGUUGAAGAAACUUGUUGGGAUGUUGCGGCGAAUUUGUUAUGCACACUUUUAUCAUUGUUUCCCUCAUCCAUAAAACAACACUACUACAAUGUUGAAGCUGUUCUUGCUUCAAUGAUCAUGGCAGCAAAAUGUAAAUUAAAUACUUCCAAGAAAAUUUCCCUUAGCUUAGCAAUGCUUCCUAAGGUGAAAGGGGAUGGAGAUAGCUGGUUUUUGAUUAUUCAGAAGAUUCUUAUAGCCAUAAAUUCUCUUCUCACUGAUGCA